AUGAACGGUUCGGAUUUUUUUGGGAAAGAUCAGUUAUAUGGGGGCGAAGUUGACGAUGGGGGUUAUUAUGCCAGUAGUUGUCUCACAAGUCAUCAUUCAUCACCCGCUGGCGCCCAGAAUGCGGCUAGUAUAACCCCAGAGUCGUUUCACUCGUACCAGAAUGGUUCUCAGCAACAACAGGACCCACAAGAGGCGAAGUUACGCGGAUCGCCGUUUGAUUUUAGUGAUUAUGAUGAAAGUAUAAAUUUCGAUAUCCAACCUCCCCGGCAAUUGGAACAGAACUCACAGGUUAAGGUACCGGUACCACAGGUUGAGAACCCUAAUGUUGUGAAAUCCGAAUUUUCACCCGUUUUCCCAGCAUCCGAGUCAUCUUCCACAUCUCAAUCUUCUUCCUGGAUGAAUAGACCUCAAGCAAAUGAUUUCUUCAAUGACGGGUACGACUAUUUGGUCAAGGAUGAGCUAGAUGUUAAUUUGGAUAACGAUGUCGGAAGUCAUGAUACAAAUGGGAAAGUUUUCAAGAAACGGAAGGAAAAGACUUCUCACAAUGUUAUCGAGAAGAAAUACAGAACGAAUAUUAACGACAAGAUUUUCCAAUUGAGAGAGAUAGUUCCCUCAUUACGGGUCGCAUAUAAGAGGUAUAGCGGUAUACCGGUUUUGUCACAGGAUGCCACCGAUCUCGAUGGUUUGGAGCCCGCUAGGAAGUUAAACAAGGCUUCUAUCCUGCUUAAGACUAUAGAAUACAUUCAGCAUUUGGAAUCCAAGUGUUCGCUUUACAAGUCGGAAAAUCAACGGCUGAAGAGCAACAUCUCUACACCUGAGAGUCUGCGUGCCCAGAAUUCGGCUGUUCCAACAACAACGAUACCCGUUGGCCAUGAGGCUAGCACACAUAGUAAUAAUAUCCCCACUGAUUUGUCCAAUCAAUUUGACCAGUUCUCCGACUCGGCGUACAAUACAAUGCCACUACCAGUACCGCAGAACAAUAUGAAUUCAUACAUCAAUGAAAACAACAAUAACAAUAACAACAAUGCCAAUACCGAUUACACUUCUAAACUGCUGAUGGGCGGGCUCGCGAUGACCAUGGGAGCUAGUUGUUUCGGUGAUACUGGUGAUAUGGGAUCUGCGCGUGCCCUCUUCGCCAUGCCAAUAUUCCAUUUUUCGCCUCAUAGCGGAUUUGCGCUGUCGAAUGCUAAUGGGAUGGUCAGUUUUCAAUCGUCGAUCUUUGCUUUACUGAAGAUUUCGCUGGUCGUUAUCACUGCUCUAUACCUACUCAAUGGGCUCCUUUUCUCCUCAAAGAGAACCUCCGACAAGAAUCCUACCUCAGACGUAGUUUCGAUGAUUCCAACCAAAGAUACCGUUAGGUUCGAUACAGUGGGAUAUCUAACGCGAACACUGAAGAAGACUUUUGUCCUCAACAAGCUCAAAUAUAACGUCAAUUCAAUGGAGAGAAUCGAAUCCAGAAUUGCUAAGUGUUUUGCUAUAAAGCUUUAUUUCCAACAUUCGAAAUUCCCAUGGUGUAACCUUGCUGAGAUCUAUAUCAACAAGAGAUGGAGUGAGCUUAAGAAACAAGUCGAGGAAGCUAAUUUGAAGAGCAAAGGUUCUUUGAAAAUGGGUUUGGAAUGGGGCAUGAUUACCAACAUCGCCAGUGUGGAAGAUAAAUUAACUUUAGGUAAUCAAAGUCUUCUACAGGAAUUAUCCAGGCGUCAUCAGGAAUAUGAGCUAAAAGAGUUUUUAUCAUUGGUGAAUUCUUUUGUCCUCAAAGAGAAAAUCGAAAAAUCGAUGGGGCGACUAAUGCACCAAUUGGCCAAUGGUAAAUUUCAAGACUUGGCCCAGUUAGCCCAAUCCUUCCAUCAACAAUACAUCGAGGAUGAUAAGAUUUUGGAGUCGAUGCCCGAAGAGUUCACGGUCAUCGAUUGUUUGACUAAUCCCCACAAGAGUAGCUGUGACAAACUUUCCAAGCUGAUCAAGAAUAGCAGGGAGGUCAAGUCAGAGAUUCUUUUGGAAGAGCAGCUGGUACUAUACGGUUCAGUGAUGAGGAAUCUAAUAAACCUGCAGAAAUUUGAUCAAUGCGUCAUCUGGAUGAAGAAGAUGCCACUAAGGGAACUAAGCGACUCGAAAGACAAACUGUCGAUUGUAGGUUUCACUUCGAUGUUCCUGAUGUUGAACUCUAUCUUGGAGAAUCUUCAAGAAUUCAAGCAACAUCCAUUAAUUUUGGAAAGAGUUUGUGGUGACCUUAGAGUGUGGCUGGGUUCGUCAUUGGGCGACGUGAUAGAACUUGAAACGAGAAACAAGUUGAUCAACUAUUGCAUAGAUAAGGCUUUACUAUGUGAUUCGUUGACAAAUUAUGAUGAUGAUGAAUACGACAAGGAAACUGAAGAAGAUGUCGAAGAAGAUCAGGAUGAUGAUACGACAGAGUUCGAAGACGAUAAAGAGAGCUAA